CUUCUUGGUCUGGAAGCGGACGAAUUGAAUUUCACAAGAAGUUUUUUCCCCUCAUCAUCGGAGGGAAAGAGACGAAAGUGACUGUUUGAAAUUAAAUUUGAAUUGACAAUUCUUCUGCACAUUUGUUAAACGGAACUUUGAAAUGUUUUCUGUGAUAUCAAGUUGAUAUAAAAAUAAUUAAGGAAGAUUAUGUUCAAAAAUUGAAGUAGUUCAGAAAGAAAAAAAAAACUUAGUGGGAACAUUUUUGGGGAAAACGACUAGACCCGUAAAAUCCAGAAAUACAGUUUGAACAGUUUUUGACCAUGGAACCUGGAUUCUUUCGACUUUUCCUCAUUUUUUCUUUUUGGAUUAUUCUUGCUAAAACAGCUGAAUAUCCAUCAUCUGACGUCAUCAAAGGUCCAACUUUCGUGAAUGAACCACCGAACGAUGUUACUUUUCUGAAUACCUACGGGACAAUUGUUCCAUGUUCGGCCACUGGACAUCCUAACCCUACUGUAACAUGGCGAACAGAAGAUGGUACCGUCGUGGUCAACGUUCCAGGGCUUCGGCAUGUUCGAUGGGAUGGAUCCUUGGAUUUCCCUCCUUUCUCACAAGAAGACUUCAGAAAGGAUGUCCACACUGCUGUAUACCGAUGUGUCGCAAUGAAUAGUGCAGGGAUUCUUGGGAGUAGAGAUGUUCGCGUGAGAGCAGUUAUUCGAGAGGUAUAUGAAGUUAGUGUUCAGGACAGCACAGUGCCAAUAAAAAACACUGCUUUAAUUAGAUGCCACGUUCCAUCCUCUGUAUCCAGUUAUGUUCAAGUCUCAGCAUGGUUAACCGAUGAUGGACUGACAAUCCUUGCACAUGAUGACCAUGGCUACAGUGGCUCAAAGUAUCAAGCGUUUAGCACAGGAACACUACAUGUUGCAUCUGUUGAACAAUUGGAUGGAAAUCGUCGAUACAGAUGUCAAGUAACCAACAUGCUGACAAAAGAGAAAGUUGUCAGUAUAGGUUGGGGAAAUUUAAAAGUUGUAGAACCCACAAACAACCAACUCCCACGAGUGAUUCAGGAGCCUUCGGUAUGGGAGGUGUGGGAAGGAAAGACGGCUCGUCUUCCAUGCGUGGCCCACGGCCAUCCGUCACCACAGUACUACUGGUACAGAGAUACGGGUGGACAAUUGACUCUCAUGGACACCGUGAGGAAAUUCACUGUGGUGGAUGGAACGCUAGUCAUCCAUAAAGUAUCAGUGGCAGACAGUGGAAAAUACAUCUGCUUUGCUAAUAACAGUGUUGGGGAAGACAAAGUGGACAGACUUCUCAGGAUAAGGGUGCCCCUUAAAGUUGAAGUCGUAACUACCAAACGUGUUGUUAGGUCAGGCGAAGAAGUGUCUUUGAAUUGCAGCAUGUCCACCGCACCUAAAUCCGUUGUAUGGGUGAAGGAUCAGCGACGAAUUGUACCAGAUCAUAGAAUACGCCGCGUGAGUCAGACUCAUUUGAAGAUAUUGGUCUUUCAAAGAGAAGAUAGUGGAAUUUACCAGUGUUACGUUUACAAUGACUGGGAGUCUUCACAAGCACAUGUUCAAUUGGAUCUGAAAGAGGAAAUGCCCACAUUCAUCAGAAUAUUUCCUGACCAAAUCCACAUGCCAAGCCAAUUAGUAUCAUUACACUGUUCCGCAAGUGGUUCCCCUUUGCCUCAGAUAUCUUGGACAUUGGAUGGAGAGCAACUGUCGGAAUCAAGACGUGUAAAAACUGGAGAUUACGUUCAUCUGGAUGGUUCUGUUGUCAGCUAUGUCAACAUCACUGACCUCGCUGUAUCAGAUGGAGGACUUUAUGGCUGUGAAGCCAGGAAUGACGUCGGAACAGUCAGCCACUCAGCUAGGAUUGAUGUAUUCGGGCCACCUUUUAUUCGGCCGAUGGGAAAUUUAACAGUUGUUGCUGGCACUACAGUGACUAUAAGAUGCCCCGUGUCUGGUUACCCUAUCGAUAGAACAUAUGUUGAGAAAAGUGGAAGCAAACUACCAUAUGGAGAUCGUCAAUCAAUAGAUCAGCGUGGAAUUGUUCGUAUCCACAACGUGCGAAAGGAAGAUGAGGGAAUCUAUCGGUGUGUAGCAACCAAUGGAAGAGGGGAAAAGGCUGAAAGACCCCUUGUUCUAAAAGUUGUCACGGCUCCUAUGAUAAGCCCAUUCAGUUUUUCUGAAAACCUGGAAGAAGGAAUGAGAAGUUCGAUCAUUUGUUCCGUUAUCGCUGGAGACCCUCCAAUUUCUCUAACAUGGUACAGGAAUGGUCGGCUCUUGAAGGAAACCUCCCCGGACAUACAGAUAGUACCAAUCACUGAUUUCGUCUCUUCUCUGAUCAUCAAUCACGUUUCGAGACACCACAGCGGCAACUACACAUGUUUUGCAUCCAACAACGCCGCUGCUACUAAUUACACAGCUACAAUGGGGGUUAAAGCUCCGCCUGUUUGGGUGAUUAAACCUAGUGAUCAAUCAGCUUUAGAAGGGACUUCUGUCACGUUCGACUGUCAGGCAGAAGGACAACCUAGACCAGUCGUCAGGUGGAAAUUUGGAAAAGAUGACGGAACUUUCCAAAGCAUCUUAAGUAGUUCUCAUAUCCAUGUCCUUGAAAAUGGAUCACUUACUAUAACUGUUACUCAAAAGUCAGAUGCUGGAUAUUACAUGUGCGAAACCAGUAAUGAUGUUGGAGAACCUCUGAGAUAUUCUGUUCGGCUGGCUGUUCAUUCUGCCCCCCAAAUCCAGACUUCGACCCAGGUGGUUCACGUGAGAAAGUCUGAGGAGGCACGGUUUUCUUGUUCCGCAUCGGGUGAUCCCCCAUUAAAUAUCGUCUGGAGUAGAGAGGGGUUUCCAUUGAGCCUGUAUCCUGAAAACAGGUAUCUUACAAGGGAAAGUGAAGGUAGAGGAGUCAAGAUAUCAGAAGUCGUUAUCAAAUCAGUACAACGUAAAGAUUCAGAUACUUUUACCUGUUCUGCAUCCAAUCCUUUUGGAGAAGAUAAAACCACGGUCAAGCUCAUCGUGCAAGAGCCCCCGGAUCCACCUCAAGAUCUGAAAGCACUGGAGAUAACGAGCAACUCCAUCAGUCUUUCCUGGAAUCCGGGCCAUCCAGGGAAUAAUCCGAUUAUAUCGUAUAUCAUCAGCUACAGGCCAGAUUCAGAAAAAUGGCUUGAAGAGAGGUCUAAGAAAGUGGUCGUAUCAAACGUUGACACAAGCGCUACGAUAGCAGGAUUGAAGCCCGUCACUACCUAUCAUAUACACGUUACAGCAAGAAAUGCGAUUGGCCAAAGUCUUCCAAGCAGUGAUCUUACUCUUACCACUAAAGCAGAAGCUCCUAGAAGUCCUCCACGUCAUGUGAAAGCCAUACCUUUAGAUUCUUCAUCAAUUCGCAUUUCGUGGCAGCAGCAGCCUUCUUUUUUGGAACAAAUGACUUAUGUUGAUGGAUAUUACGUUGGCUAUCGGGAACUUCCUGGUGGUGGCCCAUAUGUUUACAAAACAGUGAAUAUCAAACAAGGUCAAACAGAUGCUAACUACACUCUAGUAGGAUUAAAAAGAGGUACUCAGUACAGCAUAGUCGUUCAAGCCUUUAACAGUGAAGGUGCAGGUCCACCCUCGGAUGAAAUCAUUGUACAGACAUCAACUAUAGAUCCUCCGGCUCCACCUGUUAUAAAAGUCGUUGAUACUACUGCAACAUCAAUCAGUUUAAACUGGGAUGCGAAAUCUACGAAUGAAAGACCUAUAACUGGAUUCAUUCUUACGUACAAAGGUAGUUCAGGUCAGUGGCAUGAGACCAGACUACCAGCUUCCAGACAAAGCUUUGUCCUAGAAAACCUUCAGUGUGGUACGUCUUAUCAGAUUAUGUUGACUGCCUUCAACAGUGUUGGGCAUGGCGAACCCAGCGAAAUUCAACAAGUCACUACGAAUGGAAGAGCUCCAGUAGCACCAGAAAAAUCCGAGUUUCUAAAAAGUAACACAACAUCAGUUCAACUUAAUUUGCGAAAUUGGAUGGAUGAUGGGUGUCCUAUUUCUCAUUUGGUUAUUCAGUACAAACCUCAAGGACAAAAGGAAUGGAUUUUAGUUUCUAACCAUAUUUUGACCGACCAGGAAACUUUGCAAAUUGCAGAUCUCAGUCCGGGAACAUGGCAUGAUCUUUUGGUAACAGCUCACAGUGAUGCUGGGACUACAGAUGCUGAAUACAGAUUCGCUACACUCACAUUAACAGGAGCCACAGUUCCUCCUUUGUCAACUAUGCGUUCAACACAUUUUUUUGAAGAUCCAACAAUUUUGGUGCCCAUUGUAUGUGCCGUAGUUGUUCUAGUCGUCAUUAUCAGUGUAACAGCUUUUGUGGUGGUGUGGAAAAGAAGGGACCCAUCAGGAGAAGCCCCGUCCGACAUUUAUUCACGGGGCUCCGGAGGUCGAGCUGACGAUAUUUCCAUGAGUUCCUACGGUAAGGCAAAGGGUAAUUCUGUGUACGACUCUCAGCGAGAGCCACUGUAUUAUCCUCUGCCUUACGCCACCACCCACAUCCCGAACCACGUGCAGGACCAUCCCUCUUCCGAGUCGCAUGAACAGAGCCUGCAGAGGACCCGAGGCGGGGGCCGGAUGGUUGAGCACACCUACGACGUGCCGCAGCGAGUCCAGCAUCAUCACAACGUGCCUCUACAUCAAUACUCUCAGCUUUGGGCUAACUCCAGGGGAUUUUGCGAAAAACCCACUCUGAUGAGUUCCAGAGGUGAUAUAGAAGAUUUUGAUGUAGCAAUAGCAAUGGCAGAAAAGUAUGCAGCAUUUAGGCUUUCGCAAACAAGGGCCUAUGAGGCCAUCUUGAUGGAGUCUUCGGGUUGGAGUUUUGUAGUAUCCCAGUUGGCUUCUAACCAAGGCAUGCCCAGUUGGUUGCACAUUAAUGAUCCUGAAGACAUUCCAGAUUUUCAUGAAGAAAUCUGUCAGAAUAUGAUAGAAUAUGACGAUGAUCAGUCUUUAGAACAGGAUGAGAUGUCAGAAACUGAGUGCGACCGGGAUUGCAAUGGUGCUACACGACAGCGUAAAUAUUUAACUGGGAGCUACAGCAGAGUUGGAGCUGUUAUAGUGUGCUGAAUGCAUUGAUUGAAAGCAGAAAAAUAAUCGUUUGCAAAUCAACAAAAUUAUUAAAUGGAAAUUGAUGUUCUUCCGAUAAAAUAUCAGCAUGUAUCCAAAAGUGAUACCCCAUUGCUAUUGCUACAUUCUAAAAGAAAAAUUGGUGCAAUUAAGCAAAAACUUAAUUUUAAAAAUGUCAGAAAAAUAAUUUUGAAUUAUGAAUUUACUUAAUAGUACAUUUAAAAAUUCUUUAUCAAAUGCUUCUUAGAGUACCAUUUAUAUAUAUUUGUUGAUAAGUGUAUCAAAACCAUAAACUUUA